GAGGAAUAAAAUAUAACUCAUUAGUUUGGUUUAGUAGAAGUUAAAUUAUAAACCUCAUUUUUUCCAUUUUUGGUUCAAUGGUUAUAAUGCCAAAGCAAGUUAGUUUAAGUUACUCACCUUUAAUGACAGCUUUUAUUUUUGUUGUGACAGUUUCCCAUGAAUGAAAUGGAAUUUCUUUCUAAAGAAGAGUUAAGAAGAAAGAUGUUAACAUCUUUGGGAGGAAAGAGUUUAAAACUCAGUGGGCAAAGUUUGCAUGAAUUGCCUGCAGCUUUGUUUGAAUUGACUGAGUUGGAGAAACUUGACCUGUCAACGAAUAAACUUACAACAAUACCUGAAAAUAUCAGAAAACUAAACAAUCUUGUGGUACUUGAUAUGAGUACAAACCAGCUGUCUAUAUUCCCUACAAGUUUGACUCAGCUGAAGAAACUCCGAUGGCUGAGCAUCAGAGAUAACAAUCUAACCACUAUCCCUGAUACUAUUGGGGAGAUGGUGGAGCUGGAGGGACUGGGGCUGAGUGACAACCAGUUGACUGUGUUGAGUCCAGCUAUAAAACAGCUGAAGAAACUUAAAGGGCUUGACAUCAUGGAUAACAAACUAACCACCAUCCCUGAUGCUAUUGGGGAGAUGGUGGAGCUGGAGGGACUGUGGCUGAGUGGCAACCAGUUGACUGUGUUGAGUCCAGCUAUAAAACAGCUGAAGAAACUCAAAUGGCUGUACAUCUCACAUAACAAUCUAACCACCAUCCCUGAUAGUAUUGGGGAGAUGGUGGAGCUGGAGACACUGUGGCUGAGUUACAACCAGUUGACUGUGUUGAGUCCAGCUAUAAAACAGCUGAAGAAACUCAAAUAUUUGUAUGUGGAAGGGAAUCCUUUUACAGUUGAAGGAAUGAGAAGUGUUAUGGAGCUAAAGGAUAGGAUUUACAGUGUAUCUUCAGAUAUCGUUGGUGAGUAAAGGAAAUUCCUCUUC